AUGGCAGACCCGCAGCCUGGCCCGGGUCUCUCCUUCCCGACAGACCCCCAGGAGUUCGAACAGGACGACCGAAUCUCCUUCUCCAAGCUUGACAAUAAGUACAUCGCGGUGCAGGAAGACGGGAGCGAGUUUGAGUGGGAUUCCCAGUUAAAGCGGUGGAUACCCGUAGUCGAUGAGGAUUUGCUCGCCCAGCAGCAGUUAGCUUACGGCGGAAGCGCGAGCCCCGACAAUGGACCGGACAACGGUAGUAAUAGCUCUGGUAUCCCCAACAAAAAGCGUAAGACAGACCAGCCGAAUGGUCGUGGAGAUGCGCCUCGGGGUCAGCAGCAACGUCCCAAGAAGAGGCAAAAGCAGCCGCCGCAGCCGCGCCAGAACACGGCUAUCUACGUUACUGGCCUGCCCCUCGAUGUGACAGUAGACGAGGUGCACGACGUGUUCUCGCGCAAAUGCGGUGUCAUCGCCGAGGAGAUUGACAGUGGUCGCCCGCGAAUUAAGUUAUAUACAGACGAGAAGGGAAACUUCAAGGGCGAUGCUCUAAUUGUCUUCUUCAAGCCCCAGAGCGUUGACAUGGCCAUUAUGCUACUCGACGACACCGAUUUCCGGUUUACCUCGUCCGGGCUUGCGAGCGGGCGCAUGCGCGUCCAAGCCGCCGAUUCGAGCUACAAGAAGAUGAACUACGAAGGCACCAAGGAAGAGGGCAACGCGAACGGCGCGGAUGAAGGUACCAGCGAGCGCAGCAAGCUCAUCCUAGGCGCGGGCAAGGCGCCCGACCGUACGCGCGAGCAGGACAAGCAGAAGAUCAUCAGGCGGACGCAGAAACUCGAUGCGAAGCUCGCCGACUGGGACGACGACGACCCGUACGGGGGCCAGCUAGAGACAGGCACGCGGCGCGACCGCGUGGUGAUCCUACGACACAUGUUCACGUUGCGCGAGCUAGAAGAAGACCCAGCGGCCAUGUUAGAAAUCAAAGAGGAUAUCCGCGAGGAGUGCUCGAAGCUCGGGCCCGUGACCAACGUAGUACUAUACGAUCUCGAGGAGGAAGGCAUCGCAAGCGUGAAAUUCACGACGCCGGAAGCCGCCGAGGCCUGCAUCAACCUCAUGGACGGGCGAGCCUUCGACGGUCGCACGGUCCGUGCUACGAUUGCCACGGGGCGCGAGCGUUAUCGCAAGUCAGGCAAGAAGCAAGGCGAUGACGCGGAUGCUGAUGAUAGCGAUGAUUGA